GGUUGCUGUUCCUUAACAGCAAUGCCGAAGGCUGCUUGAUAGAUUGUGUACUCAUGUGAAUAAGUUAUAUGCCUUUUCAUCACAAAGGAGAUUUACGCCCAAAGCAUACUAAUUAUUGGGCUGUCAUUUCAUUUCGGUCUUGUAUUCCCCUCGGCCCACAAAAAUAGGAAAGCCUAAAGUUUGAUUCGUCAAAUUCUAAUUUGGCAGAUCAGCGAAAAUGACAAAAGAGUGAUGUGGAGAAAAUCGACCAGCCAAUUUUAUGCCGCGCGCGCGUUUCCACAUGUAUAAAAUCUGUUUUUUCUUCAAUCUGUCAGCUUUCUUUUUUUCUCUGCUCCCCUCUUCCAUCUCCAACUCGCCUGAUUUACUGAAACACUUUCUUUUCCCAUCAUCACACCAAAAGUAUAAAAAAUUUUGCGAUAAAUAUGGAUACUAUUAAUUCAGUUUUAAACGACCAAAAUAGCGGCCUACUGCUCGAAAGUAGUUUGUACAGAUUCCUCGAAAAACUAGACGCUAUUCAUGAUCUCUUUGCCGAAAGAUCUGUUGACACUGAAAAACAGCGCUUUAUCAAAGAGCUACAGCGUGAAGGCUAUCGAUCUCAUACCGAUUAUGAAUCUUACCUAAAAAAACUCAUUGAACAUUGUGAGCAACGAAAAUACGCCCUUCUCAAUGAAAGCAAGACCUUCAAUCACCGAAAGGCUGCUCUACCUAGCGUCAUGCUCGCCAAGCACACUGUCGUGAAUGAAGUACAACGCUGUCAGAGCAGUUCUCUCGUGCCUAAGGAAGGAGAAUAUAAGUACAAGACCUUGAUUAAGCUGAUUGGGGCAUUGACAUUGACGGCUUUUGCCGCUCAGUUUACGCGCUGGUGGUGUUGGCUGCCUCUCCUCUUGGUUACUGUCGUGGUAGGCGGAUUUUCAUUCAAAAAAGCAGAUAAUAGCGCUUACGAGCACAAAUUGGAAUUGUUAACCCUGUUGGAACGAUUGGAUGCCGAGUUGACUGACUUGGUGGAUUUAUCACACGAAUUUGAUCAUGCUAUAGAGAAGCAAACAGAUAAUGUCGUUAGUAAACGAGCUACAGAGAGGGACAGAAAUGAGUUGUUGGAUGUAUAUGAUAAGUUGAUAAAGAAAGCGAUUGAACACAUCACAGCAAUGAGCAACGCUGCAUGAGUCAAUAGAUAUUUUGUAGUAUUUUGACUACCACUCUUCUCUCUGUAAAUUUACAUAUAAUUAUCAAUCUCCUACUCCUGGCAAAAGGGAUUUCAUUUAUAAUGUGGAAUAAAGAGAACAAUGUGUAGUAUAGUCAACCGCAUUAAUAAUCAGAAAAGUGAGAAAAUACAUGUAUUUUCAUCUUCAGAAGGAUAACUUAUUCAAAGACCUCGAGCUGGUUCAGCCAACAGCUUUCAUGGCUUCAAUUCAAGUUGUAGAGGAUCACCGGUAAGUACUACGUAGAACUUUCGGUACUUGAAGCU